AUGCUGUAUGUCGUGACAAAGGCCACGCGCGACAAGGAAGGUGCUGGCGGCGACGCGAUCAUGGAGGCGCUCGAUGCGCAUGCCACGGAAACUGACGCCGACGAGCCGCACGAAGCCUCGCUGAUGCACUGGCACCAGCGAAUCGGCCACCUUGCGUUCGACACGAUCGAACGCGUGGCGCUCGAUCCCGCAUUAGGCAUUCGGCUCAUCAACACUAAACGUAUGGCGUGCGUGGCGUGCCUCGAGGGCAAGCAGACGCGCAAAGCGCAGUCAAAGAAGACAGCGGCAAGCACUCGCCCAUCGAUCACAUCGGCGGCGUGGUCUGCUCGGACCUGA